GUAAAAAUAACAGCCACAAGUUUCCAGCCUAACACUCAUGACUCAUCACAAUCAAAAAACCACCAUUAACAUCGACAACACCCAGAAAGCUCCUUCAAUAGAACAAGAAAGAAAAGAACAGAACCAAAUCCACAAAACAAUGCUCCUACGUGGCAUAAUCUCCAAUCCUCUCCUUUCCCUCCACCUGAAAACAUCCCUUCUUCCUCACAAAUAUGCCCCCACUGCAUCCACCAUGACUGUGACAAACAAAUACUCCAUCUCUGACGACGACCUCCAGUCCCGAGGCUUUCUUCUCCGUCGAACAAUCUCAGACCUGAAUCUAGACCAUCUCAACUCUAUCUUUGUAGCAGUUGGGUUCCCCAAGCGCGACCCUGAAAGGAUCAAACUCGCUUUGGAGAACACAAACUCACUCCUUUGGAUCGAGCACAAGAAGACUCAAAAGCCUGUCGCAUUUGCUCGAGCGACAGGCGAUAAUGUUUUCAAUGCCAUUAUUUGGGAUGUGGUGGUUGAUCCUUCAUAUCAAGGAAUUGGAUUAGGGAAGGCUGUGAUGGAAAGACUGGUAGAUGAACUGUUAGAGAAAGGGAUAAUUAAUAUUGCAUUGUAUUCAGAACCCCGAGUGCUCGGGUUUUAUAGGCCUUUAGGGUUUGUAGCAGACCCGGAUGGGAUCCGAGGAAUGGUGUACUCUAAAAAACAGAAAAAGAAGAAAUAAUGUAUUUCAGAUUUUUUUUUUCCUAAGCA